GCUUGUACCAAAAUUCUGCUCCUAACACUACACCUCUGCUUCCAAGUAAGUUGGUCUUCUUGUGAUAUAUUGGCAUUGCCGGUGCGCGGGAUGCUUAUGGCUGCUACAUGGGUGCUGCAUGGCAACGUUCGACCGUGACACACGGACAUCGCUCGACAUUGGAUCUCGCACGCGAUCAGAAAUACGUCUUUCAGCCAGUCGCAGGUAUCAAAAGACACAAUGAUGAGUUCGACGUCGAGCCGCACGCUCGACACUCCCCGCAUGGUCAGGCCGUAGAGCAUUUGCCAACACGAACUACUUCCCAUCCACCGCCGAGGCCGAAUGAACCAUGCCAGCCUCCGCGUUUACAGGCAAGUCGCAUUGUACCAGUGGUGGGUGGGGAGUAUGGGCAGUCGGUCAACGCACCACGGCCCAUCCCAUUCCUUCCAAGAAUCUCAUCCACUCCCGGACCCUCCCAAAAUCCCCUCCUUUCUCUUCGCCAUCCUAGAUAUGGACUGCCUUCGAAACUGGCUGACAACUUGGAACAUUUGGGCGUACAAUCAAUCUACCCAUGGCAGUCUUCCUGUCUGCUUGGACGCGGAAUGCUUGAAGGUGAACAGAAUCUGGUGUAUACUGCACCCACGGGUGGUGGCAAGUCUUUGGUGGCAGACGUUCUCAUGCUCAGAAGGAUUAUCGAGAAUCCUGAGAAGAAGGCCAUGGUUGUCUUGCCUUACGUGGCCCUUGUACAAGAGAAGUUGAAGUGGCUCAGAGCGCUUGUCGAUGGCGUCGGUAAGAAUGUCGAUUUCUGUGAGAGCCAACCGAGCCAGACACGGUCUAGCUCCAACGCCUCCAUUCGCGUAACUGGGUUCUUUGGUGGGAGGCUCAAGUCCUCAGCGGAAUGGCCUGACUGCGAUGUGGCAGUAUGCACCAUCGAAAAAGCAAAUUCUAUGGUUAAUGCCGCAAUCGAGGAAGGAAAACAUGCAGGUUUCGCGGCUGUCGUGCUUGAUGAGCUUCACAUGCUGAACGAAGAGCACCGCGGAUAUAUCCUAGAACUUCUUGCUUCGAAGUUACUGUCGCUUGACAGCGGCGUGCAGAUUAUCGGAAUGAGCGCAACGCUUCCCAACCCCCAACUUCUCGCUAAGUGGUUGAAAGCCAAAUUCUACAUCGCCAAAUACCGCCCAGUUCCCAUCGAAGAACAUCUGGUCUAUGAAAAUGAAAUUUAUCGAACAGCAAACGCCAAAGCCUUCUUCAGAACUGUCGGCCAGCUAACCGCCGAGGAAGUGGAUUCGACACCGCGACCAAAACCUUGUCGCACCAUAUCCGAGCCCAAACACCAGGACCUGUCAAACCCUCUGACCAAUGCUGUGGCGGCUCUGGCGGUUGAGACUGCUCUAGAUGGUCACGGAGCUCUGGUAUUCUGCAACAGUCGACUGGGAGCUGAAAGAACUGCAUGUCUCAUCAGUGAUGCUAUGCCUACGGAUCAGUGUGAUGUAAAUACACUAGACAAGCGUCAGGACUUGAUGGCGUCGUUGCAAGCACUGCCUGGAGGAUUCGAAGCAACAUUUGUCAAGACCAUCUUGCAUGGCGUUGGUUUUCAUCAUGCCGGACUCACCACUGAGGAACAGGAACUUGUCACAGAGGCUUAUGAUACUGGUGUGCUUAAGGUCAUGGUGGCGACUUGUGGUCUUGCUGCUGGUAUCAAUCUCCCAGCACGGCGUGUGAUCUUGAAAAGCGCUCGAAUAGGUCGGGAGCUCGUGGGACCUGCAAUGCUACGGCAAAUGCGUGGUCGAGCCGGACGCAAGGGCAAAGACGAGUACGGUGAGACCUACUUGUGCUGCCAUAAAGAGGACCUUGAAGCUGUUGCAGGGCUCCUCGAAGCAGAGAUGCCUGCUAUCCUCAGUUGCUUGACACCCGAGAAGCGAGGCAUCACACGAGCGCUGCUUGAAGUUGUGGCUGUUCGCAUGGCAUCGAGUAGAGCAUCUCUAGAUCAGUACGUGCAUUCCUCCCUGCUCUGGCACUCGACGGAGAGGGACGUGGUUGAAGGAAUGGUGAAAGCCUCCAUUCAGGAACUGCUUGAUAGGGGACUCAUCCAGACCCGGGAGUCGCUCGAGUGCCUUGAACCGACGGCGUUGGGUACAGCUGUCGUGGCUGCUGGUUUGAGUCCUGAAGACGGGAUUUUUGUGCACUCUGAAUUGCGACGUGCCCUCGAAUCGUUCGUGAUGGAUGGAGACAUGCACAUCUUCUACCUCUUCACUCCAGUCCAGACCUCUGGCCUCGGUGAGAUUGCUUGGUUGACAUUUCGGGAUGAGCUAGAGCAGCUUGACGACAGCGGGAUGAGAGCACUGCGGCUGAUUGGAGUCAGUCCUGCAUUCGUCAAUCGCCUCGUCAACAGCGGUGCUGCAUUGAAGGAGACCACUGCGGACGAAGCCCGGGUUGCUAGGGUGUAUCGCCGUGUUUACUCCGCCUUCCAGUUGCGAGAUCUUUGCAACGAGAUGCCAGUGCACGAGAUCAGCUUGAAGUACAGCGUCUCCCGCGGACAGGUGCAGACACUUGCUCAGACCUGCCACGGCUUUGCCGCAGGCAUGGUCCAAUUUUGCCGAAGAAUGGGCUGGGGUAUGCUCGGAGCGGUAUUGGAACACAUGCUUGAUCGACUCCGUGCAGGAGCCCGGGCGGAUCUGCUUGAGAUGGCGCAGGUCGCCUUCGUCAAAAGUCGCAUGGCACGUAUCUUCUGGGACAGUGGACUAAAGAGCGUCAGAGCUCUCGGUGAGGCUGACCCUUCGACUCUAGUCCCCAUCAUGAUGCAGGCGCACGCCUGGAAGACAAAAUUGCAGGGCGAAGCGGCAGAAAGAUUCAAGAACAAAUUGUUGGCCAAGGCUGAGGUCAUUGUUGGCAGCGCAAAUAGAAUCCAUGAGAAGCAGAUGAUGCUUGAAUGGGAGGAGGAAUGAUACGAGGGUUCACUUCAAUGCGGAAUACCUGUCAGUAAUUAAUGACCUACUCAUUCAUAUCUUGCAUCGGGGGUUGAGAAGAGAGUCUUGUGUAGCCGCUCCAGCGCAGGAGUUGAAAAUUAAACGACGACGGUGACAAGUCUGGAUCACACGGACUCCCAACAGAACGACGGUAGAAGAUUUUGCAUGGCUUCCGGGGAAGGAUGCAUCAGAUCUUCUUGACGUUGAGGCCGAACAGAUUCGUUAAAGCUGACCAAGAAUCAACUAACGAGAGCUGAC